CAGGUCGAUGAGAGGAACGACAAAAUGGUCUUCGAGAGCGUGGUGGUUGAUGUCCUCAACCGUUUUUUAGGGGACUACGUUGUCAACCUUGACAGCUCCCAGCUAAAGCUCGGCAUAUGGGGAGGUGAUGCAGUUCUUAGAAAUCUUGAGAUAAAAGAAAAUGCCUUGAGUCAACUCGACAUUCCUUUUAAAGUGAGAGCCGGUCAUAUAGGACAGCUGGAGCUAAAGAUACCAUGGAAGAACCUCUACAACCAGUCAGUAGAGGCGACACUGGAUGGCGUCUAUCUGCUCAUAGUCCCAACAGCAAGUAUAAAGUACGAUGCAGUAAAGGAGGAAAAGCAGCUACAGGAGGCUCGUCAGAGGGAGCUACAGCGGAUAGAGGAGACAAAGAUGAAGGCUGCGGAGAAAGAGGACCCCCAGCUGGAAAAGCAGGACACCUUUGUGGAGAAGCUUGUCACUCAGGUCAUCAAAAACCUGCAGGUCAAGAUCUCUAACAUCCACAUACGCUAUGAAGAUGAUGUCACUAAUCCAAACUGUCCCUUGUCAUUUGGAGUGUCACUUAAAAACCUCAGUCUUCAGACGUGUGAUGAGAACUGGAGUCCCAGACUUUUGGAUGAGAAUUCCAGGCUUUUCUUCAAGUUGGUUCAACUAGACAACUUGUUUGCCUACUGGAAUGUCAAGUCUUUACUCUUCUCCAAUCACAGUCCAGAUGAGGCCUUGCGAUGUCUCCAGAGCAGCGUGGACAUCCACAACUCCAUGUCUGUCUCCCAUGACUUCAUUUUUCGUCCUAUCUCAGCGGGCGCUAAACUGCGGAUGAAUCCCAGGUCAGAUGUGGACUUCUCCUCUCCCAAAGUGGACCUAAUGGUCAAUCUCAGUGAGGUGGCCAUUGAGCUCAACAGACCUCAGUACAUUAGCAUCCUGGAGCUGCUGGGCUCAGUUGAUAUGAUGUCUCGGAAUCUGCCGUACAGGAAGUACAGACCGAUGGUCCACGUUCACGAGAAUGCCCACAUUUGGUGGAAGUACGUGAUCACAGGCAUCCUGGAGGUGGAUGUGAAGCCUAAUCUCCACAUGUGGUCAUGGCAGUGCAUGCGCAGUCACCGACGGAGGGUAAAAUGUUACCGAGAGCUCUACAAGACCAAAAUCACCAGCAAGAAACCCAGUGAGGAGCUGCUCAAGGAACUAGAGGAGCCCGAGAAGACCUUGGAUAUUUUUAACAUCACGUUGGCCAGACAGCAGGCUGAGGUGGAGGCAAGCAAGGCAGGCCUACGCAUUUACCGUCCAGGGCUUAAGAUGGAGGAAGAGGAGUCUCAGGGUUGGUUGAGCUGGAUGUGGAGUUGGGGAGGAGAGGCUGAUACAGAAACAAAAGAGGUCAAGACCGGAGGUUUUGAUGAGCUGUUAACCACCGCUGAAAAAGCCAAGCUCUACACGGCCAUUGGAUACAGUGAGACCGCUGCUAAUCCCAACCUGCCAAAGAAUUUUGAGGACAUGAAGGUCAAUUUCCACAUGGAGAAGCUGUCUGUGUCCAUCAAAGACAACAAAGACAAAAAUGAGAUCAUCAGGCUGACUGUGGGAGAGCUGAAGUCCACACUCACACAGAGACCUGGAGCACAAGCCAUCAAAGUCACAGCUCAGCUUAGUCUGUUUGAAGUCACCGGCCUGUCCAGUAACCGGCCCGCACCAACCCUCCUGUCAUCAAGGAAGGCAGCCACGGGAGCAGGGACCCCGCUGCUCUGCAUCCUGUUUGAGACCAACCCGCUGGAUGAGAGUGCUAACCAACGGCUUCAUGUGGAAUCACAACCCUUGGAAAUUAUCUAUGAUGCUAUAACAGUGAACAGCAUGUCAGCGUUCUUCAUGCCUCCUGACGACCUGCAGCUGGAUGAGCUCACCAACGCAACCCUCAUGAAACUGGAGCAGUUCAGAGACCGCACAGCCACCGGUUUAAUGUAUGUGAUCGAAACACAGAAAGUCCUGGACCUGAAGGUGAACCUGAUGGCCUCCUAUGUCAUCAUUCCACAGACUGGCUUUUACAAUGGCACUCAGAACAUCCUACUGUUGGACCUUGGACAUUUCAAGAUGUCCAGUCAAAGCAAAAAGCAUCUGCCUCAGCUGUCCGUGUGCUCCAGUAACAUUGAGGAUAUCAUGUUAAGAGCAUACGACAGCUUUGACAUACAGCUUAGCAGCCUGCAGUUCCUUUAUAGCAAACCAGAUGGUGACUGGAAAAUGGCCCGUAAGCAGAAACAGUCACCGCUCCACAUUCUCGAGCCAGUAGAUCUGAAAGUGGUUUUCAGCAGGGCGAUGGUCAUCAAAGACUCACGCAUGGCAAAGUAUAAGAUGUCCGGAGAGCUCCCCCUGCUGUCUCUCCGUAUUUCUGAUGUUAAACUGCGAAAUGUUCUGCAGCUGGUAGAAAGUAUCCCACUGCCUGAGAGCAGACCUGCUGCACACACCACUGCUGCAUCCUCCGCUCCAAAGCCAAAGCAGUCGUUCACCCCACAGCUCACUCCAAGAAGACCUCUCAACUUAGCUGACCAGCGCUCCUCUCUCAUGUUUGAGUCAUGUGAGACCAUCAGCAUCACCUCAUUGGGGUCAGAGGAAGAUUUGUUCUACGAUGCUCCCAGCUCUCCCGUUGGUGAUCGGACAUUCUUCCCAGAUAAUCCCAUGCCGCUGAGCUACGCAAACAAAAGAAAAGGUUCAGAAACUAAGAAGAACAUGACAGAAUUCUUCAUGACGUUUGAAAUCAGUGAGUUUUCUGUUCAGUUGUGUCGUCUGUCCGAGGAUCAGGAGGUCACAGUGCUCCACCUGGACAUAGAGGGUCUGGGCACCGAACUGACACUACGCACCUUUGACAUGACAUCUAACACCUACCUACGAGAGAUCUGCCUCAAGUGCCCUGAAUACAUGGAUUCUGAAGAGAAGCAGGUUCAGCUGAUCACCACUCUAGACAACACAGAAGAUGACCUUCUUACCCUGGACUAUAUUAAAGCUGAUAAGAAUGGCCCUGAGUUCAAGUCUCAACACAACAAUACAGAGCAACUUAUUAAGGUGACCUUCUCGUCCCUGGAUGUCCAUCUCCAUACAGAGGCCCUUCUUAACACCAUGAACUUCCUCAGCAACCUCCUUCCUCCAUCCACUAAGAAGGAGGGAGGGCAGGAUGAUCUCCCCACCAUCCCUGAGGAGGAGGCAGAAGCAGAGAGGGAGGGAGAGAAGAAGGAGGAAGUGACUGUAACCAGGAAAAAAAGCACAAAGAGUUCAAAGUUCGCAAAUGUGGUAAAUCUGCAUAUCAGAGCUGAUCUCCGCUGUCUGAAGGUUUUCAUUCGAGGACAGAAAGCCAGGAUCUCAGAGAUUAGUAUCGAAGGUCUGGUUUCUGAGGUUCUGAUGAGGAAAAAGGAGAUGGAGGUUCUUGCGAACCUGAAGAACAUAGUAAUCCUAGACUGUGACAAAGAUGCGCUUUACAAGAAGGCUGUGUCUAUCGCAGAUGAGGAAGUGUUUGCUUUCCGCAUGGUAAACUAUACAGACGCAACAGAGGGAGAUGCUUAUCUGGACAUGUCUAAAGUUGACACCUCUGUCACGCUGACUGUGGGAUGCAUCCAGGUCAUCUUCCUCAACAAGUUUGUCUCCUCCAUCCUGGCAUUCAUCAAUAACUUCCAGGAGGCUAAAGAGGCCCUGGCUGAGGUCACAGUCCAGGCUGCAGAAAAGGCAGCGUCAGGUGUGAAGGAGCUGGCAGAGCGGAGCACUCGGAUCGCUCUGGACGUCCACUUCAAUGCACCCGUCAUCUUCCUGCCCCAGUCCUCCUCUUCCUCUAAUGUCAUCGUAGCUGACCUUGGUCUGCUGUCUGUCAAGAACUGCUUUGCCAAGCAGCCCUUUAAAAGCGAUGCAAAGAUCCCGCCUGUUGUGGAUAUAAUGAUUGUGAGACUGACUGACCUCAAGAUGUACAGGACCACAUAUGUAGAUGAAGGUUUUCAGGGAGAGACCCAGCUGUUGAUGCCAGUCAGCCUGGAUUUGGAAAUCCAAAGAAAUCUUUCAUCCAACUGGUACCACACUAUACCUGACAUAGAGAUCACUGCUCAUCUUAAACCCAUGAGUCUGAUCCUCAGCCAGGAUGACAUGACAGUGAUCCUGAGGACUCUUAGUGAGAACCUGUCAGAGAAGUCUGAUGCUCUUCCACCUCCAGCUCCUCCAUCCACCACUGACCGCUCCUCUGACUCUGUAUCUAACAAAGAGUCCCAGGGCUCUGGAACAACUGGGCCGGCCAGCAGUAACACAGUGGUGACGGCUGCUGUUGUAGAGCCUCACAAAAGCAGCAAGCUGAAGAGCACACUCAAAUUAGACUUCAAGUUUGACUCAAUGACACUCGUCUUGUAUAGCCCUAAUGGGAAUGAGAUACAGCUGUUGGAUUCCCACGAUGAGCAGCUGAAGUUGGCGGAGUUCACUCUGGGCACCAUCUCCACCUCCGUCCACAUGUUCUCCGACAGCUCCAUGAAGGCCUCAGUCCGACUGGCUGCCUGCCUUCUGGAUGACAAGAGACCCAGUAUCAAGAUGGUCACCCCGAGGAUGAUUGCAAUGCGUCCUGGUGCAGAACAGAACAUGAUGGUGGAGGUGAACUACCGUCAGGGCCGUGAUGGCACCACUUUGGACACAGUGGUGCAGGAUGUGUACCUGUGUGCCAGCAUGGAGUUCCUUCUCACAGUAGCAGAUAUCUUUCUCAAGGCCACCCAGCAGGGUUUUGCUCAAAAGCCUCAACCCAAGAGCAGUACUGCAGUGGGAGAGAAAAAGAACAUUAACUCCUCUACCACAUCUAAAGAGUCCACUGUAGCUCCAGCUGUGGUGUCAAAGACAGAGAUGAAUGUUCUGGUGCGUAACCCGGAGAUUGUGUUUGUGGCUGACUUGACGCGUGCUGACGCCCCGGCCCUGGUGAUGACCACGCAGUGUGAACUACUGAUGAAAAGUGGUGCAGAGGGAUCACAGAUGACUGCUGUUAUCAAGGAACUCAAGGUAGUGGCCUGUCCUUUCUUGAGAGAGAAGAGGAAAAAGAAUGUGACCACAGUGCUGCAGCCGUGUCAGGUGUUCUUUCAGAGUAAUCAGUCCCCAACCUCCCCUCAGGCUAUGGAGGUCUCCAUCAAUGCCCUCACAUUGAAGGUAUCUCCAAUAAUCAUCAACACAGUGAUGACCAUCCAGUCUGCACUGACUCCCACAGCGGAGACCCCUGAGAAGCUGGAUAGUCCUGUUCCUGUAGACCUGUGGGAGAAACGGGGCUGGAAGGAGCUCAAACUUUGGUUCCUAGAAGAGGAGGGGGAUGAAGACACAGAGUCACGGUCCCCACUGAUACCACAGGGAGAGUCAUUAAAGGUGUCCAUCAAAUCUGUCUGUCUGACUCUGGAGGCUGGAGUGGGACACCGCACUAUCCCCAUGCUUCUGGCCAAGUCCUCCUUCCAUGGAGAUGUCAAAAACUGGUCCACACUCAUUAACUUACACAGUGAGCUUAACCUGGAGGUUCACUAUUACAAUGAGAUGAUGGGAGUGUGGGAACCGCUGCUGGAGCCCUUAGAAGAUGACACAAGAGAUGUUUUUAGAUCAUGGAGACUUGAACUGAAGAUGAAGAAAAAGCAAGUGAAUUACACAUAUUCGGAUGAAGUGGAUUUCAAUGUCCCGGACUAUAAGACGGUCAUCGUCAUCAGCAGUGUAGACCAGCUCAACAUCACCCUCUCCAAGUGUGGCCUGGCCAUGCUUAGUAACUUGGGCAUGGCAUUUGCAGAGGCUGCCAAACAGACAGCGGACUCUUUCCAGAAGGAUGAAGCUCCGUUCGUAGUGAAAAACCGCCUUGGCCUGCAAGUGUCCUUCCGCCACAGUGAGAUGUUUUGUCCCAUCGGCCAGCAGAGCACUAACAGCACUGUGAAGCUGCAGGAUGGAGAAACCAUCGGUAUGGACUAUUCCGCCAAAGCAGACGCCGACCAGUUUUCAGCCAUGAUCUCCUUGAGUGGAAAAGACUACUCCAUAGAGCCUACUCCGAUGGGCCACACCUCAGCCGGUGUAAUCCCCCUGAUCAAGGUCGGCGGGGGAAUGUACAAUGUAAUGCACAAAGACUCAGGAGUGACUCGUUUCCUGGUCUGUCAGAUUUACUCUGUGGAGGGAAGCAAGUACAUCAAGAUCCGCUCUCCUUUCCAGAUCAUCAAUCAUUUCUCAAUCCCAUUCAAAGUUUUGGAAGGAUCUACAUGUCUGGGUACAGCUCUCCCAACUGAAGAGUUCUGUGUGCCUCUGGACUCAUAUAGGUCUGAGCUGAGCCUUCAGCCGAUAACCGAUGAGGAUGCUGACGAUCAAGGUGAGCAGUUUGAGUGCUCGGAGGGUUUCAGCUACGAAGAAUUCAGCAACAAGCUGCCUGAGACACGCCUACAGCAGACCUGCCGUCGCCGUGGAGAUCAGGGUGGUGUACUGAUGGUCAACAUGGUGCCAUUGAGAGAUACUGUGACAUUCAAACACACCGGAUGUGUUGGGGAUAACUUUGAUGUUCCCUUUGUGCUUCACCUGUGGCCUUCCGUCCUGCUUCGCAACCUGCUUCCUUACCCCAUCUCUUACAAACUGAAGGACAGUGGAGUCUCUACCCCUGAGGCCACUUUGAACCCAGGCCACUCAGCCCAGCUUCACACUGCAGUCAUCGACCAAUCAAGUCUCGAUCUCCGCCUACUGAACUACUUGGCUCAGGACUGGUCCUCUGAGUACAGUUUCCACAGUGACAAGGAAGAGAUCACCUUCAUAGUGUUCGAGUCUCUGCGAGAGAAUGACGAAGACGAUGGUGAAGGGAUGGAGAUGAAGAGGGCUGAGUUGGAUAUAGCAGUGCAUGUAAAAUAUGACCUGGGGCAAACGGUGGUUGCCAUCCACUCACCGUAUUGGAUGGUGAACAAGACAGGCAGGUUGCUGCAGUACAAGGCUGAUGAUAUCCACCGUAAACACGCCCUGGAAUAUGACAUGCCUCUGCUCUUCUCCUUCAAGCCUCGUUACUUCCUGAAAAACAACAAGGUCCGUCUUAUGAUCUCAGACAGUGAACUCUCUGAUGAUUUCUCCCUGGAUACAGUUGGUAGCUAUGGAGACGUCAAAUGCAAAGGCCGAUAUAAAGAUUACUUGGUUGGUGUGAAGAUUGACGCGAGCAGUUUCAGUCUGACCCGCAUCGUGACUUUCGUGCCGUUUUACAUGCUGGUCAACAGAACCAAGCACAGUGUCUUCAUAUGUGAAGUGGGGCAGGACAACUGGACCGAGGCUCAGCCAGAACAGUCAGCCAUUCCCUUCUGGCCUGAGAAUGACACCAAGCAGCUAAAGAUCAAAGUAGAAGGUUGUUUAUUGCCUCCUCGGACUAUUGACUUCACACGACCAGAAAACUGCUUAUUGCUACAUCUGGACAAUUCUGUGGGUGGGAUCACUGUAGAUGUGAACUUGUCAGAGCACUCGGCCACAAUCCGGUUCUCUGAGUACCACGACGGUGCAGCCCCUUUCCUCAUUAUCAACCACACAAAAGAACAGACUCUGCAGUUCCAUCAGAGCUCUCAGAAGGAGGCUGAACAGGAGGAGCUGGAGGCUGGGAAAGCUGUGCACUACACCUGGACUGAACCCACUGGAUCCCGAGAGCUUUGUUGGAAGUGUGGUACUUACAGUGGGAAGCUGAAGACUGAGGAGGACCUGCGUCAGGACAUGAACAAUGAGGCAAAACUAUUUGUGAUCUCCUUUUAUGAAGGGCUCCAGCGCGUCGUGCUGUUCACUGAGGAGAAGCAUAUCUACAAGAUGCUCUGUGAGAACGAGAAGGUGCAGCUGGCCGAACAGGAAAUCAUCCUCUCACUACAGAGCGUGGGUGUGUCUCUGGUCAACAACAGCAGUGGCCAGGAGGUCUCUUUUAUUGGGAUCACAAGCUCUGAUGUGGUGUGGGAAUUAAAGCCGAAGAAGAAGAACCGGUGGAAAACUCUGAGUUCUAGAGAAGCUGAGAUGCUGGAGAGCAGCUUCAAAGAGUACACUGAAUCUGGACCCCAAGACCCCGUCAUCCACGACCUGGAAAACAACUUCCAGGUGUUCUUUACUCCCAAUGGCAUUGAUAUGAAGAUGUUUCAGCCAUGUGAUGCUCCUCUAAGAAGGCACUUCUUGCCUGGGUUGAAGGUGGAGUACAGCGUCUCACCACGACAGAGUGCCUACCGUGUCCAAAUCCACCGCAUUCAGAUCCAGAAUCAGCUGCCAGGAGCCAUCUUCCCCUAUGUUUUUUACCCUGUAAAACUGCCAAAAUCUAUCACCAUGGAUGCAGAACCCAAACCUCUAACUGAUAUCAGCAUUGUCACCAGAACAGCAGGACACUCUGAUAUCUCUCGCAUCAAGUACUUUAAGGUGUUGAUUCAAGAGAUGGACUUGAAGCUGGAUCUUGGCUUCCUGUAUGCCAUCCUGGACCUGUUUACACCUGAAAAUGCCAGCAUCAUGAGCUCAGAACAGGAGGUGGAACUGUUUGAGAAGGACAUAGAGUAUAUAAAGACGGAACUAAACCAUGCCUCUGCUGCUGACAACUCUCCUAUCAGCCUCUAUGAGUACUUCCACAUCUCCCCCAUCAAGCUUCAUCUGAGUUUCUCUCUGAGUACGGGAGGAGAGGACGGCCUGAAGGAGAAGCGAGAUAAAGAACUCAUUCCCAUCCAGUCCCUCAACCUGCUGCUGAAGAGUAUCGGUGCCACACUCACUGAUGUGCAGGAUGUUGUAUUCAAGUUGGCCUUCUUCGAGUUGACCUUCCAGUUUUGUACCACCCAGCAGCUACAAUGGGAGGUCAUCAGGCAUUAUUCCAAGCAGGCUAUUAAGCAGAUGUAUGUGCUGGUGCUGGGCCUGGAUGUCCUUGGAAAUCCUUUUGGGCUGAUUAGAGGACUGUCAGAGGGAGUGGAAGCAUUCUUCUAUGAGCCUUAUCAGGGAGCCAUCCAGGGGCCUGAGGAGUUUGUUGAAGGAAUGGCUCUUGGGGUGAAGGCUCUGGUGGGAGGAGCUGUCGGGGGAAUAGCUGGUGCAGCCUCCAGGAUCACAGGUGCCAUGGCAAAGGGUGUUGCUGCCAUAACGAUGGACGAGGAAUACCAGCAGAAGAGACGAGAGACUAUGAACAAACAACCCAGUGGCCUCAGAGAGGGCCUGGCCAGGGGUGGAAAGGGAUUAGUGUCUGGUUUUGUCAGUGGGAUCACAGGGAUUGUUACCAAACCUAUUAAAGGAGCCCAGAAGGAGGGUGCAGCAGGCUUUUUUAAAGGUAUUGGGAAAGGUCUGGUUGGCGCAGUAGCCAGACCUACAGGAGGCAUUAUUGACAUGGCCAGCAGCACCUUCCAAGGGAUCAAGAGGGCAGCAGAGACUUCACAAGACAUCGCCUCUCUGCGUCCUCCUCGCUUCAUCCACGAAGACGGUGUCAUACGACCAUAUAAGGAGAGUGAGGGCAUUGGCAGUCAGAUGCUCCAGAAAAUUGAGAAUGGACGUUUUGCCAAGUACAGGUACUUUGCUCAUGCCAAGGUCAAUGAUUCGGACUUCCUCAUGAUCACCAAGAGGGGAAUAUUUUUUGUGACCAAAGGCACAUUUGGCCAGCUGACCUGCGAAUGGCAGUAUCUGUUUGAAGAGUUCACCAAGGAUCCACAGAUUGUAGAGAACCGGCGGCUUCGCAUCGAGGCCAAGGAGAGAGUGAAGUCUGUCUUCCAUGCCAAAGAGUUUGGGAAGAUAAUAAACUUCAGAAAUGCUGAGUUAGCCAAGUGGGUUCUUGCCAGAUUGGAUGAUGCAAGAGAGAGUUUACCCAAAUUCUGACUCAUCAAGAAAGGCCAGAAAUGAUAAUAAUUUAUCAAAAGAAAACACAAACAAAGUCUGUGUGUGUCAGUGCCUUUGUUCUUUACUGCAUGCCACUUUGGUUUACCACCACGUGUGAGUCGUGGUAAACACUACUGUACGCUGACUGUUGGUGUGUGUCUGGGAUGAAAGACUGCGCGAGGAGUGUGUAUGUGUGCAUGCUUAAGAAAAAGUGCUAGAAAUGGAUGGCGGACUUCCAUUAAUUUACUACAGAAGCUCAGAAUACACUGAACCAAACGUCAUCUUACUGUCUUCACUUUGAUUGAACUCAUCAUUGUUGCACACACAUAGUUUUUAUGAAAACUAAUUCAAAGCCUCGAAUUUAUUUUGCCAUACUCAAUCAAACAAACAUUAAGUCACUGAUUUCAUCUAGUUUCAGUUUUAUUGAACAUAUUUUAAGUUGUGUUUGGAUGUAGAAGCUUCUCUGUUACAUUGCAACAGCUAGUAAGAGAAAUGUUAGAAAACAGCUUGAAUAACAUUGAGGCCAAAUCACUUAUAGUUGUUGUUGCACAUUUAAUGUUGUUCACUGUUUAUUUACUGGAUUAUACAAAAAGGGAAACUAAUUAAAAUUUUGAGUAUGGCUCUGUCACACACAUAAUUCAAAUUGUGCUGUUUUCAAACCUGUUUUUUUUCUCCAUUUCUUUCUUUAAAUACAUUUACGCUAGAUGAAGACUGUUCAGUGUGUGAUUUAGAGCCGCAUGCUAUUUUUAUACCGUACUAUCAAGCUGUUUAUUGAUCUAAUGUAGUAUCCUAUCUGUAUAUAUUCAUCAAACACAAUAGUCUGUAUUAUGGCGUUACAGAUUAUAAUUUUGUGAUUUUUAUGUUUUUAUACUACACAUAUGCAAUGCCAACUAUGUUGAUGACUUAUGCAGAGAAAAGUAUAUUUCGAAGAAAUUAAUGCAAAUGAUUAACAGCUGCUGUUCACUCUGAUGUACAUUUUAAAGGUUUGCUUUUGGUUUGAGGUGCAUCGCAGUUUAAUAUGACUUAAUAUUUAUGUUGCCAGUAAUGUUUGUCAUUUAUGAGCAAAGUGUUCACUCCCCCCCCCCACUGUUUGAAAAAAAAAGAAAAAUAAUAAAAUAUGUGUUUC